AGUAGUGUUUGUUAACCUAAUGACAUCAUCUGGGAAGAAGAAUCCACCACCUAUGCCUGUGAUUGAGGUCACAAUGCUUACAGCAGAUCUCAUUAAAUUUACUAUAUUCAAUGCGAAUCAGGCAAUAGCCAAUGCAUUGAGAAGGAUUAUGAUAGCCGAGGUACCGACAUUAGCUAUUGAUACGGUUACUAUUGAGGAGAAUAGUAGUCCUCUAUUCGAUGAGUUCGUAGCACAUCGUCUGGGGUUACUGCCUAUCAAUUCUAAGGAAGUGGACAGUUAUAGUGAUCCUAAGGAUUGUCAAUGCUACUCAUCAUGUCCUAACUGCACUGUUAAAUACACUCUAGAUGUUAUAGCAGAAGAUCAUGGUGUUACUGAUGUAACACAUUUAGAUAUUCAACCAGUUGAUCAGGGGACAUCGAUACCAGAAUCAAGAAGACCAUUACCAGUACCCUUAUGGGAUAGGACUAAGACUGAAGAGGAGAAUAGGCGUAAUGGUAUUGUUAUUGCUAAGUUGCGGAGAAAUCAACAAUUAACGAUGCAUAUGGAAGCACGGAAGGGUGUUGGUAAAAUGCAUGCUAAAUGGAAUCCUACUGGCACUGUUGCUAUCCGAUACGAGCCUGUGAUAACAAUAGAUAGAGCAAUAGAGUAUGAGAAGCUAUCAGUAGCUGAAAGGAAAGCUAUUGUGAGGUCAUGUCCUAAGAGGGUUUUGGAUUUGGAUGCAGCUGAUCGUAUACAAGUAGUGAGGAAGGAUCUAUGCGAUUUUUGCGAUGAAUGUGUGACUAAAGCGAACUAUGAUUUCAAAGCUAAAGGCAUGAUUACCGUUAAGCAACGGACUGAUGUGGUACACUUUACUGUUGAGUCUACUGGUGCUAGACCACCAGAGGAUAUUGUUAUGGCUGCUAUCAAGGUCUUUAAGGAGAAGUGGAUAAGACUUCAUGAGGAUCUUGGUAAAUGGGAACAAGAGUUUGGUCAACCGAUAGAUCCCGCAGCAGCAGCAGAUGAGGAUGAUGAUGAUCAGAUGGGAGGUUGACUUAUUACCAAUACGUAUC